AAAAAACAGAACACUACGACUCAAGUAUUUCUCAUACCGGGUCUCGACGGAUGUGGAACUGUAUUUAAUCACUUAGCACCAAAUAUUGAAUUUUCAGCAACGUCUUUACAUUAUAACGCAAACAUCGAUGGUACUACAAACUUUAUAUCUGAGACAACUGAUUAUCUUACAAACCAUAUAUUACCGAAGUUGAAAGACGGAAAAGAUUUUGUAAUAGUAGGAUACUCCUUUGGAUCUGUUUUUGCAGUUGAGUUGACAAGAAGAUUGGAAGCAAUGAAUUUUAAUUGCCGACUAGUUCUUAUCGAUGGCGCUCCUGAACAAAUGCGAAAGCUACAUGAAUAUUUUACAUCAGAUAUUAACGAUGCAGAUAUUCAGAUUUCGAUUUUAACUAAUAUGAUGGACGUUUAUUCUGUAGAAAGUAGUGAAAAGACUUUAAUGGAGCUGAAGAAAUGUAUUACAUGGGAAGAGAGAUUAAAUAUUUUUGCCAAACAACUCUUGACCAUGAAUACAUCACUGUCACAUGAAAAUCUAAAAACUUUGUGCACAAGAAUUUAUAAAAAUUUAUUUGUUAUGCAACAAUAUGAUUCUACGUUACCGCCUAUCAAAUCUCCAAUAAUAUUGUUAAAACCUACGAAUCCGCUACCUGUACCCAUAACCGAGGACGAUUAUGGUUUGCAGAAGAUAACGCAAAAUGUGGUGAAAGUACAUUACAUCGAAGGUAAUCAUGUUACUAUCAUGAAGAACGAGAAAGUGUCAGCAGCAAUUAAUGGAGAACCGCCAUUUAUAUUUUAAUACUUUACUGUA